AUGUUAAGCCACCCAGCCCUCACUCAAACCUGUGGAAAAAUUCCAUCCACAGUCCUGGACCGGGGCCCACAAAUGUUGCCACCCAGCCUCACCCAAACCUGUGGAAAAUUCCAUCCACAGUCCUGGACCGGAGCCCACAAAUGCCACCCAGCCCUCACCCAAACCUGUGGAAAAAUUCCAUCCACAGUCCUGGACCGGGGCCCACAAAUGUUAAGCCACCCAGCCCUCACCCAAACCUGUGGAAAAAUUCCAUCCACAGUCCUGGACCGGGGCCCACAAAUGUUAAGCCACCCAGCCCUCACCCAAACCUGGGAAAAUUCCAUCCACAGUCCUGGACCGGGGCCCACAAAUGUUAAGCCACCCAGCCCUCACCCAAACCUGUGGAAAAAUUCCAUCCACAGUCCUGGACCGGGGCACAAAACUCUUAAGCCACCCAGCCCUCACUCAAACCUAUGGAAAAAUUCCAUUCACAGUCCUGGACCGGGGCCCACAAAUGUUAAGCCACCCAGCACUCACUCAAACCUGUGGAAAAAUUCCAUUCACAGUCCUAGACCGGGGCACAAAACUCUUAAGCCACCCAGCCCUCACCCAAACCUGUGA